AUGUAGAAUUAGCAUUUCUUGGCUGCGAUUGUGCAUGGUUAUGCAUUAACAACUCAAUGCUUUGACACGCUCCUUCUCAGAAGCUGUGCGCUCUGGCUGGGAGGCGCGCUAGAGUGGCUGACACACAGAUUAACAGGAGCGAGGGAUAUAAAGGCAGCGUUACAAGGACCAUGAUACCUGUAGAGUACUUCUGAACGGAGCCUUGCUUACAAAUGAUUGCUGCACAAUUUUGUGCUGGUUUAUGCUCCCCUACGCUGUUUCCCAGAAUAAAAGGACUUGUGAAAGGCAGCAGAGCUCCGGUUCGGCAAAGGACUUGCGGAAGCUGCACAAUUCCACUUCUGUGAGGGGGGGGGGUAUAAUUCUGAGAAUGGGUCCUUGUUCUCCUCAUCUUCAGUGGUUCCUCUCACCGGCACAGCUCUCGUAUGUCUAGUCGAGCUCAUCUAUCAGUGUGCCCUCCUCCAGUGCCUGUCAUCAUUACUGUGACAUGCUGCUUCGAAAACCCUCUGUCAGCCAUCGAAUGGCUCAUUCUGGCUCUUAGCUGGGGACGAGGCAGGGACAUGCUGGCCAGGAUGGAGAGAUGAGUGAAACUGUGAUUCUGACUACUAUACUGGUGGUAGUGGAAGAAGUCCCGGGGCAACUGGAUGUAUUCCUGUCAAAGAGAGAUGGAGAUAUUUACCCAUGGAGAACAGUCUGGUUAUCCUUGACACGGAGAGGGUUGGGCGACUUUUCGACACAGCAGCGUCUUUUCAACAAUGCCCCUCAAGUGAGAGCUUUGAAUACAAAGGAGAACUGGUUAAGGUCUGUAACAUUUAGUGGUGCCUGAAGAGAAACAUUCAGGAGCUGGUUCACUGAUUGUUGCCAACUAGAACCAUGACUGACUCUCACUUGCCUGGCUCUGUAGGAAGCUAUAACAGCAGCUCUCCCACCACCAGUGCUUGGAACAUCAACGGCAGUGGGCCGUGGCUGUUGGCCUUCAUGUUGACCGUCAUCAUCCUUAUGACAGUCUGUGGCAACAUGUUGCUUAUUGCUUUGGUGUUCGCCCAUCGCUCUUUGCGUUGCACCUCAAACUGCUUCUUGGUGUCUCUAUUCCUGUCUGACCUAAUGGUGGCUCUGGUGGUCAUGCCCCCAGCCAUGCUCAAUGUGCUGUGUGGGGCCUGGGUGUUGUGGCCUGCCUUUUGCCCAAUUUGGCUUUGCUUCGACGUAAUGUGCUGCAGCGCAUCCAUCCUUAACCUGUGUGUGAUUAGCCUGGACCGUUACCUCUUCAUCAUCUCACCACUGCGCUAUAAGCAGAGGAUGACCCCACCUCGGGCACUGCUCCUGGUAGGAGCUGCUUGGGGGCUGGCAGCACUGGCUUCCUUUUUGCCCAUUGAGAUGAAAUGGCACAGCUUAGGACACUGGAGUGGACACACAACAGUUUCUGGGAUCAGCAGUAGCAACAUCAGUUCUUAUUCUGACACACUGUACCCAGCAUCCUACUUUCAGCUGUCACCAUCAGGAGGCCUUUCCUUUCAGUGCCGCCUGCGGGUCACCCUGCCCUUUGCCCUGGUGGCAUCUGUACUCACAUUCUUUUUGCCCUCCAGUGCCAUUUGCUUCACCUACUGUCGGAUCCUUCUGGCAGCUCGGAGACAGGCAAAGAGGGUUGCAGCACUGAGCCACCCACCACAUCCACAUCCCUCUCUUGGGGAACCUUCCAGGCCUCCUUCACCUGGGAUUGCAGCAGGGCAAGCUCAGCAGGAUGGAGAUGAGUGCAGUCACCAGGAGCCUCCUGUAUCACAAAAUGUACCGCUAUCAGUGAACAGUGAGGGCCGUCUGGCUCACAGGCAGGGUCGGAGGGCACUGAAGGCCAGUCUGACACUGGGAGUCCUCCUGGGACUCUUCUUCAGUGCUUGGUUACCCUUUUUCAUCACCAACAUGGCUCAGGCAGUGUGUGAGUGCGUCCCCCUUGCCCUCUUCGACGCCAUCACCUGGCUGGGCUACUGCAACAGCACAAUGAACCCCAUCAUAUAUCCGCUGUUCAUGAGGGACUUCAAGCGAGCUCUGGGGAAGUUCUUGCCCUGCUGUUCCUCACGGUCAACGAGAAGACCGUCACCAGCGCUCUCCCUCUCUCUCCGCAACUCAGGGGAGCCUAACCUUGCCAGCAAUCCCCCGUCCCCCGUGGCCUCUGACCCCACCCAUCCUCCUGCCACCGCCACUGACGCUGUCAACCUUCUGGAUGCAGAGCAUGCUGGCAUCAACUUGCCUCUGCUUCUGCCCAAUCAGGUUGACACUCUAGAUUGAAACUGAAAUAAAAUCAGAUAUAAUAUUAUGUCAAGGUUAAUGGUGUAAAAGUGACAAGUAAACAGCUACUGAAUUUCCCUCG